AUGAGCAAGCUGGCCAUCACGCCAGUGCUGGUGGCCAUCGAGUGGGUGUUCUACUCGAAGCCGGCCAGCGGCCGUGUCCUGGCGUCCAUCGCCGUCCUCAUGGCGGGCAUCACACUCUGCACGCUCACAGACACGCAGGUGGCAAGCAAUCCUGCAGGCAUGGUGGUGGCAAUUGCUGCGGUGCUGGUGACGGCGCUGUACCAGGUGUGGGCCGGCACCAAGCAGAAAGAGCUCGGCCUCAACGGCAUGCAGCUGCUGCAGCAGGUGUCCCCGCUGUCGGUCGCCCUGCUGGCCGCGCUCAUCCCUCUCGUCGAGCCCGUCGGCUGGGGCGGGCGCGAGCUGGGCACCAUCCUGGGGUACGAGUUCUCCCUGCCGUCGCUGACGUGGAUCGUCGUCAGCUCGGCGCUGGGGCUGGUGGUCACGCUCUCGACGUUCCUGUUCAUAGGCGCCACCAGCAGCCUCACGUACAACGUGGUGGGGCACCUCAAGACGGUGCUCAUCGUCGGGGCGGGCGUGGCGGUGUUUGGGGAGGAGAUGGGGCUCAGGAAGCUGCUGGGGCUGGCCGCGGCGAUGGGGGGGAUCGUGUGGUACAGCGCCAUCAAGAUGGAGGAGGCGCGCGCCGCGCCGCCGCCGCCGCCGCCGGCUGCGACGGAGGGAAAGGGCAAGGGGUGA